UAGAGCGCCAUGCUUUUGUUCUUUUGUGCAUGUGGAGGGUAGUGGAGAGAGGGUGGCGGUGAAGCCCAAGGCGGCAUGUCUGCUGCGCAUGCAGGCGGACGUCCACACACAGUCUGAAAGUCUGACGACGCAGUUUGUCACCGUCGCCCUUUCCUUGUCCACGUCAGCUUUCAAAACAAAAACUGAAUUGGAAUUAAUCGCUGGAGUAAAAGGAUUCGAACCUUUGCAUGUCACACACACACACACACACACGCAGACAUUCAACCUCCUGACGAGUCAGUGAAGGUCCAACCAAACAGUCUGGCGCAGUGCCAUGUGCUAGAGUUGUGUAUAGCGAAGAUGAGAACACACGCGCAAACAGAGGGAGCUCGACAGGUCAGGAUUUUGCCUUCCGUACUGUGUUGAAUGAAGCAAGGCUGAGGCUGCAUGCGCAUGCACGCGCACACACGAGUCCAAGGCGGCAUGUGCAUGCACGAGCAGACACGAGCCCAAGGCUGCAUGUGCAUGCACGCGCACACACGAGCCCACGCAGAGACACGUCCGCACUCGCGCGCUCUAAGAGAGACGCACGCGCACUCACCUACGGGAGGGAGGAGGCACGCUCUUCUCCUCUGUGUUCGUGUGACCAGGUUCUGGUGUUAAGUAUUGUUGUAGUCCCAGAGAAGGACAUGAGCGACGUCGCUUCUCUGAUCGUUCAGUUGCGAGCCAUGAGUGACGUCGUUUCUCUGGUCGUCAGUUGAGCGACGAGAGCGAGGUCGCUCACUGGAAUUGAGCUUCGAGGGCAACGUCGCGCACUGGAAUUGAGCGACCGGAGCGACGUCGCUCAUUGCGAUUGAUAAGCGACGCGAGCGACGUCACUCACUUGAGUCGAACGACUUCAGGCUGGAGUUGCUGAAGUCGCAAACGUGGUCAUUUUGUAUUUCUAUCUCUAAGCAGCUACUCAAGGAAUUGUGUGAAGCAGAUUUUACGAGCAUUGAGGAGGCGGCGGCGAGAUCUGACGUGGAGAUCCCAGAGAGGAAGGACAAAGGCAUGGAGAGAUCUUAGGUUGACUUGCACAGAUUGCCGUCAGACUCUGUUUUGUUUCGCGGGGGGGAACCGAAGAAGAUGUCUGGCCCUCGGAGCAAAUCAGCAGCAGUUCAGUCCUUGCCCUGGCCGAGAGCUGGCCUGCCUUUUGCUGUAUGCGCAGCAGCAUUGAUUGCCAUUCUCAUCGAGUGGCGUCUUCUGUCGACCGUUGCCCAACCAUCCCAGUUCGAGGAAAUUCCCACAGCGACCUGCGAUGCUUCGGAUCUCGGAUACCGGUGCAUGUAUGGCGUCCCUGAUAGCGGGUAUUAUGUCCACUGGAAUGCACCUGUGAAUAAUACUGUUAACAUGGCUGUGCGAGCAAAUGCCAACAGUUGGAUUGGGAUUGGGUGGAACAGCCAAAACGAGAUGAAAGGGGCCGUUGCUGCUGUUGGAAUUAACUUUCAAGUCCUGCAGCGGUACCUUUAUGACUAUAAAGCGGAGCUCAUUAGGCCGUAUUCCGGCCUGUUUGCUCCUGAGUCCCCAACAUCGAUCGAGAGACAGGGUGCUAAUCUCACAAUGAGGUGGUUCCGCACGGGUCAACCAACGGUCAGCUUUAUGGGUGCAGUACGCAAAAUGUACGAAGUAUUCGGUCAGCCUGUUGCCGUAAAGUCGCCGGGAGAUGAUGUUGCCGACCUCUUGAAACCGUCCAUGGAGGGUGGGUCUUGCGAUCGUCGCCCCGGAAAGUCGUCAUGUUCCGCUGGCGUGUAAAGAGCCAACUUGGAGCAGUGAAAGACCAGGUAGAUGGGCACGUGGGCGGGCACCUGGAUGACAAAUGAAGGUCCCUCGGGUGC